AUGGCAGUGGCAGCCAGGAAAGACAGGGUGACGGGCUCCCCACUCACCAGCAGCCUCGUGGCUGUCACCACCACGGCUCAGCAGGGCUUCCUGGGCAGCUGGCUUAGCCGGAUUCCACUACCCAAGUGGGCACUCAUCGCUGUGGCUGUGGCAGUGGCUGUUCUCCUCCUCCUCUUCCUCAUCUGCAUCAUCAGGUGCUGCUGUGGAAAGAAGAAGCCCAAGAAGAAGGAGAGAGUCAGCUUGCAUGCUGUCAGUGGCUCCACCACGGCCAGCCUGGUCCAGCCUGAGAUGGAGGACCUAGAGCAGGAUGUGGGGCAGACAGGAAGAGGAAAGCUGCAGUAUUCCCUGGAGUACAACUUCCGUGUGCAGGAGCUGAAAGUCGGCGUGAAGCAGGCAGCUGAGCUGAAGGCUAUGGAUAGCGGAGGCACAUCUGACCCCUACGUGAUUGUCUACUUGACGUCCGAUGUGAAGAAGAAGUACGAGACCAAGGUUUACCGCAAGACCUUGAAUCCUGUCUUCAAUGAGAGCUUUACUUUCCAGGUACCCCAGGCGGAGGUACCUGAAUCCACACUGGUGAUGCAGAUCUAUGACUUCAACCGCUUCACCAAGCAUGACAUCAUUGGUGAGGUCCGCCUGCCCCUGGCUAGUGUCAGCCUGCAGCAUGUCAUUGAGCAGUGGAGCGAUCUCGUGGCAGCCAGUAAAGUGGAGGAAGAGCAGCUGGGUGAAAUCUGCUUCUCUCUGCGCUACGUCCCCAGCACCAGCAAGCUAACAGUGCUUAUCCUGGAAGCCAGGAAGCUGAAGCGGAUGGACUCCCAUGGGCUCUCAGAUCCUUUUGUCAAAGUGCAUCUCAUCCUGAACAGGAAGAAAUGGAAGAAGAAGAUGACAAGCAUAAAGAAAAACACCUUAAGCCCUUACUUCAACGAGGUGUUUGUUUUUGAAGUGCCUUUCAAUCAGAUCCAGAACGUGGAUGUGGUCAUCUCCGUCUGGGAUCAUGACAGAGUGACCAAGAAUGAGCCCAUUGGCAAACUCUUCCUGGGCUGCCGGGCCACGGGCAACCAGCUGCGGCACUGGUCCGACAUGCUGUCCAACCCGCGCCGGCCCCUCGCGCAGUGGCACAGCCUGCAGCCCCCGGAGGUGGUCGACAAAGCCCUGGGGCUGAAGUCCCACUUCAAGCUGCCCCUGCCCUCCAGAUAG